GGAGAAUCUUAGAACAAUGAGGUCUUGGAAUAUGUGAAUUAAGAUGACAAUUGUUGAUAUGAUUCUGGCAUUAAUGACCAUUGUAUGGUGUGGUACAAGUGCUAUAGAUAUUCGUGGGAAGGGCGCCAGUUUUCCAUAUGAGGUUUACAAAGUUUGGCAACCGGCUUUUACAACUUAUAGGAAAGGACAUGCGUCUAUUGAGAUGCAAUACGAUGCCAUAGGAAGCAGUAAGGGACAAGCUGCAAUUUUCCAGAACAUUGAUAUUGAAUACGCAGGUUCGGAUACCGUUCUGUCUGAAUUAGAUAAGUCAAAUCAUCCAGAUCUUGUUGAAUUCCCUACAAUGGCGGGGGCGAUAGUCAUGGGAUACAACUUACCAAAUUUUGGCUCCAACAAAUUAAAUCUUUCCCUGCAGCAGCUGGUUGGUAUAUAUAAUGGAACCUACACAUCAUGGAGUGACGCAACUUUUACGACAAACAAUCCGAAUGGUAUUUUUCCAAAUUCCCCAAUUAUUGUUAUAGCCAGAGCAGAUAAAUCAGGAUCAACUGAACUCUUUACUUCUGCGCUUUCCGCUGUUGAUCAAAACUGGAACUCUACCUAUGGAACAUUCUCAAGGGGAAUUAAUGACAGUGGAUCGCCUUACCACUGGAAUCCAAAUGCGAUCACUUAUUACGGGGUGCAGACUAGAGGUGUUUCAGGUUUGCUGUUGUCGUUCAGAAAUUCUCUUGGUUAUUUAUCUGUUGCUGAUGUUCAAGAUGGAAUCGUAGAAACAGCACUUCUUCAAAACGGAGUCGGUGAAUAUAUGUCCCCUACCUCCCAAGCUGUUCAAAACGCUAUGGAUUAUUUUGCUGCCAAAAAUCCUUCGGCACAAACAUUUUCAUUGGCUAACAGUGGUGGUUCAGGUUCGUACCCAAUUGCAGGCUUCACACAUUUUAUCAUUUAUAAAACUUCUAUGACAAAUUGUGACUCAGCAAAAGAACUCAUUCGGUAUAUAGACUGGUUUAUGACUCAAACUACACCUCGCCAUGACUGUGAAGUUUUGGGAUUUGCUCCACUUAGCGCGGAUAUGGUGAAUAGGGUACAUAAAAAUACUCUAGAACAAGUCACAUGCAAGGGACGUAAUAUGUGGCAAGAGGUUAUGGUGGACAUGGAAAGAGAGGAAGCGGUCGCUGGGGAUUCAUGGCAAACAGAAGUAGCUAUAGCGGUUCCAAUCACUACUAUAGUUUUAGGGAUACUUGGUGGUUAUAUAUUGUUCCAAAGAUGCAAAUACUGGAGGCUGCUUAAUAAGGAUGAUUGGUUAGUUCCAAUCGAGGAUAUCGUGUUUUAUUAUGAUAGCCAUCAUCAUUCAGCACACCAUUCCUCGUUGUUUGCAAGAUCUGCAAGAUCUUUACAGUCGGCACAAUCUGAGAUGGAUAAGAGAGAAGUGGAGGCUAUGAUAGAUAAAGUGCUUCAGUGGCCUGGCAAAUGGAAAGGGCAUGAUAUUGGAGUAAGGCUGUUAGAAAUUCCACAAAUGCAAAUUCUAACAAAAGACAUGAAGCAAGAAAUGCUCAGAAUUCGUGAUAAAGUACAUCACCUCAAUAUUGUAAAAUUUUAUGGGCUUACAGUUAUAGACAACGAAAAAUACUUGAUUGGUGAGUAUUGCCGAAAAGGGUCCCUAGCAGACGUCCUUCAGGACAAUAAAAUAACAAUGACAGCAGAUUUCAAGAUGGCUCUGGCUUUGGACAUAUGUCAGGGAAUGAAUUACCUUCAUCACCAUCAUGUUACUCAUGGAAAUUUGAAAGCGCGUGUAUGCUUUGUAGAUUGUAAAUGGACCGUUAAAGUCGGAGACUGGGAGUUUUUGAAAGUUUUAACACUUAACAACGAAAAUGACGCCAUGGCGAUAGCAGAUAUGCACGCGGAUGAUUCACAAAGUCAGUGUUCUUGGGAAUUCUGGGUAGCUCCGGAAGUACUUCGAGCAAACUAUAAAUGCAGAAUAACGCAUGAAUGCGAUGUAUACAGUUUUGCUAUAGUUUUACAAGAAAUUUACUCGCAGGAAGAGCCAUACACAGAACACCUUGGAACAACAUCGAAUGCGGAUAUAAUCCAUGCAAUAUACUCCAGUAACCUACGUCCAAAAAUCCAACUGGACAUUCCAGUCGCCAUCAGACAAAUCAUGGAAAUUGCGUGGACAGACAACCCGGUCAGCCGGCCUUCGUUUGAUCAAAUAUUAAAGCUUAUGAAACGGAACAGUCCAGUGAGAAAAUCUGUCAUGGACAGUGUCAUUCAAUCCAUGGAGGAUUAUACACAGCAUCUUGAGGAGUGCGUGGAGGAGAAGACGAUAGAAUUAGAGUCCACAAAGAAGAAUCUGGAGUCCAUGAUGUCCAGUAUUAUACCGGGGACAAUCGCUAAUGCUAUCGCAAACGGUGAUUCUAUAGACCAUGAUGAGGAGAAACUAAUUGGUAUAAUCUGUGUUGAGAUCACCAAAGAGAAUGAUUUCAACAAUUUAACUUCAAAAGAGAAAGUAGAAAAACUGACAAGUAUGUGCACGUACCUGGAUCUACUUGUAAGCAAGUAUUCAGCAUUUAGAUACAGCUCGCAUGGAACAUCUUUCAUGAUUGUUGUAGGCAUGGGAGAGGUCAACAACAACAACGAAUACUGUGUGGCUUUAAAAACUGCGCACAUGUGUUUAGACAUUCUAACUCAUGAGCAUAUCGAGGAUUCUAGCUGUUCUUCUGACGACGUUUGGAUGAUGCAACUGAGUAUAGGAGCUCACGUUGGCAUAACCACUACAGGGAUCAUAGAGACUGACACGCCGCAGUUUGUUCUCUUCAGUGAUUUGCCAGAAGUUGUGCGAUGCCUUGCAAGAUCUUCGGACGCUUCAAAAAUCCACACAUCCAUGGACCUAAGAAAGAAAAUUCUUACAACGAACAACUUUUCAACUGAAAGAUCGGGUCUACUGAUUGUCAGGGGCGUUGAAUAUGAAACAUACUGGCUCACCGGAAGAAACAGAAAGUUUUCUAACAAUUUAUUGAACAAAACACUAAUAAUUCCGGAUCCACAGCUACAAGAAGAAAAAGAAAAAGAGGAACCAAAUAUGCUGAGUCCGUCCCCUAAUAACCUUCUAGUUCCUAUGUCUGAGAAAAUUAGUCCUUCAGUAAGCCCUAUGCCAAAUGAAAUUUACAAAAAACCAGCCCUUGCGAACGAAGCCAAGUCACCAAAACUUGAGAAAAAAGCAAUAACAUUUGCCAAUGAAACUCGUUCAAAAGAAAAUGGAGCUCUUAAAAUGGUUAAUGGGAAGACCAAGACUUCAUACCAGCGACGACGAACAAAACAAAGGUCGGAUCCACUACCGGAAGUGAUGGAAGUGACAAUCGAUGUAGAGGACGAUUUUGCAGAGGUUUAA